GUGGCUCGCAAUCGUUGAUUGCUUCAAAUUGACAGUUUUAGAUGGUAAAUUUGGCAGCAAACCCAAAGCUUACGUGAAAUAGUAAAACCAUACAGCGGCAUUUAAGACGCGCAUAGUGUUUUUAAGGAUAAGCACACUAUAUGUCAACAGAAUGGAACUGGAGACGUUAAAACAUUCUGUCCUAAAACAAGAAAUAUGCCAUAAGGAUUUAACUGAUGCUGUGCAACAUAUUUAACGCAUACAUAUGUAUUUAACAUACAUAAAUAAAAAUUGUAUGUGUAUAUGAACGAUUAAUAGUAUAUACAGCCACAUUACGUUGCCAAAGUAAAACAGUUUACAAGUUGGACAAAAGUUAAUAAGCCAACACACUUUAGGAUAUUGGGAGAAAAAAGUAAAAAGCUUUCAAUAUUUUCCCUGCUUCACUUCAUCCUUUUCGCUUUGUCAAGGCUAAAUUUAAAUCUAUCCGCAGCUAUUCGACCAUGAAGCGUACAAAACGUUUUUCAUCGUUUCUCUUUGUGUUCAUAGGUCCUUCACGCUUUAUGAAAUUGCCGCGGAAUAAUUCCGUAGUUCAUAGUAACACAAUUUCACAAGGUUUUUAUACGCUAAUAUAUGAGCUGAAACAUAUUUGUCAGGUUCAAUGCGCACUGGUUUUGUGGUAUAAGUUGCAUGGAGACGAAGGAUACGAUAUGCUCGGUGAGGUUAUUCAGAAGAAACGAGCAUUUUUUGACAAAAAAAAUAGAGAAAUAGCGUGUCUCGCACAGUACUGAAAAAAACACAACGCUUGGUGAGGUUAUUUAGCAGAAAACGAACCAUUCUUUGGCAAAUAAAAGAACAAAGACAAGUUUGCGACGCCAAGGUUUAUAUGAAACCUGUACUGUGCCAAUAAAGCGUGUUUUGGACGCCUGGAAUAAUUAUAGAAUUGGGAAAUUAUUUAUUGCAAUAGUAAGCUUAAACAUUAAAAUAACUUAUUAUUGUUACCAAUGCAGCAGUGCCUGUAGGGCUGUAGUAUACUAAUAAAAAAAAAAUUGAACGGUAUAGAAUAUUAUACUGUCUAUCUGGAUAAUGUCGUAUUAGGUCCUGUAGUCAUUGAAACAUAAAAUGUAGAGCUUGUUAAGAAAUGUCUAUAUAUAGCAGAGUAGUUGUGUUUUGAAUAAAAAAAGCAUUUCAUUUUCAGUGAAAUUAUACGUUAAAAUUGCGUUGAUAUAUUUGAUAUGGGCCGAGUCGACCUGUUGCUCGUCGCAGGAGUGCUUUUGUAUUGUUUCAUAAAUAAUGCAGAAGGUUGCACUUCGUCAUCGGAUUGUGUCUUCUUUCCAAAAUGUUGCAAAUACUCCAAUUCGCUAAACACGUGCAAUUUUGUGUGUGCUUGCGGUGCUGACACCUGUUCCUCGUCGUCAACUUGUUGUGGGACAGCUUUUAGUGGACAUUGCAGCCGAUGGAGUCUAGGUUGCACCGUUAGCAGCGCCAUAAAUUCUGUCUUUCAUCUCGGAAUCGGGGCUAUUGUUGGCAUUGCUAUUGGUGGAUUUUUUUUCCUGGUGCUUUGUAUUAGUCUGAUUGCUUUGUGUUGCGCCAAAUGCGCGCAUCGUGGAAACGUAAACAGAGGUACCCAGCUACAAACUGCGAGGACAGCUUAUGUAACACCGUCCUCAGGACAACAACAGAAUACCGUCACAAUGGGGUAUCCCAACCCAAGCUACAAUGCACCAGCAACCGUGUACCAGAACGUUGCGCCGCCUGUACCACCAACGUGGUACCCUCAGCCCAAUAACCAGUACCCGGAUAACAACAGAUACAGCCAGCCUGUGCCACUACCUUACAACGAGCAGCCGCUUGCAAACUACCAAGCUAAAGGCGAAUUUCAACCAGAUCCUGCUGUGCCCCUACCACCAUACAAGGAAUAGCAUCUAAACGAUAUUAAAACUUUAAUGUAGAUACCCCUAUGUCAACUAUAUAUAUCAUGCGUAGCUUAUAAGCAUCAAAGCUGGACAUUUGGGUUGUACGGCCACAGCUUUCUUUGCACACAUUUGCGACUGUGCACUGAUUUGUGCAGAAACAAAAUUUAUAAAUCGCUUGCCUAAAUACUAUGAAUAAAAAGGUUUAAGAGUUGCA